CCGCUUGCCUCCGCAGGGGAGGAGCGGUACAUCUGCUGGUACUGCUGGAGGACCUUCAAGUACCCCAACAGCCUCAAGGCCCACGUCCACUUCCACUGCGCGCUGAGCCACGGCCGCCCCUUCCUCCACCACGACCACGCCCGGCCCGCCGCCGCCUCCUUCGGCCUCACCGCCAAGGCAGCCGCCGAGCUGCCUGCCGCGGCCCCCCGGGGCCCGGUUCCCCCCGGCUGCGGCCCGCGGGAGGCCCUCAAACGGGAGGCCGCCACCUCCCCGCCGCCUCCGGCCAAGCCGGGGCCGCCCCGUCGGGGGGCGGGCAAGGAAGAGCAGGAGCGCGCCCUGGACAUGAGCCUGGGCGCCGCCCGCGGCCUGGGUCCGCUGCCGGGGCUGGGGGGGGGUCACGGGCUGGCGCUGUGCCCCGGGGCCCGCUCGGCUUUCCGCCCCGCCGGGCCGCUGCGGGACGAGGCACGGGGCGCCGCCACCGCCGCCGCCCUGGGCUUCUCCAAGCUGCUGGGGGGGCUGAAGGCGGGGCGCGCCGCCGUCGAGGCGCCGCCCAAAUGCGAGGCUGGGCCUCCCCCCGCAGCCUCGGUGGGGGCGGCCGUGGGGCUGCCGUGCGGCGGCGGGGGGCUGCGGGCCCUGCCGCUGCUGUCGCCGCUGGACGAGGCGUCGGCUUUCCGGCAGGUGGAGAGGGGGCUGCCCGCCGCCGCGGCUCUGCCCCCCGGCCGCUACCCGGCGCUGCCCGGCGGCGCGCUGGAGCGCUUCGCCCUGCCGCCACCGUUCGACGGGCUGAAGGCGUACGCGGGCGAGUGCGGGCUGCCGGUGAUGCCGCUGACCGUCUACAACGGGGAGCUGCUGUACGGAGCCGCCGCGCCUUACUACCCGCUCAAGCUGCACCUCGGCGGGCUGCUCAAGUACCCCGAGGCCGUGUCGUACUUCGGGGGGCCGGCGGCGGGGCUGCACGCCGCCGAGCUGGGCUCUCUGGCCGGCAUCGACCGGGAGAUAGCCAUGCACACGCAGCAGCUCUCCGAGCUGGCGGCCGAGAAGGGGCGAGGGCGGCUGGAGGCGCUGCCUGGGGGCGCGGCGGGGGGCGCCGUCGGGAAGCCCAAAAGCGGGCACCUGUGCCUGUACUGCGGCAAGCUGUACUCCCGCAAGUACGGGCUCAAGAUCCACAUGCGGACUCACACGGGCUACAAGCCGCUCAAGUGCAAGGUGUGCCUGCGGCCCUUCGGGGACCCCAGCAACCUCAACAAGCACAUCCGCCUGCACGCCGAGGGUAACACUCCCUACCGCUGCGAGUACUGCGGCAAGGUGCUGGUGCGGCGCCGCGACCUCGAGCGGCACGUCAAGUCCCGGCACCCGGGGCAGAGCCUCGGCAAGGCGGCCGAGGACAAGAGUGACUCUAGCUACGCGCACCCCGAGCCGGAGCAAAAGACUGACAACGACAGCGACGUCGACGUCUGCUUCACCGACGACCAGAGCGACCCCGAGAGCGGCGGCGGGCACCGGCAUCAGUGA